UGAUUAGGUCAGCGGCCUGUGUAACAUUUAUCCAUUUUUGAAGCUUUUUCGUUCGCACUUCCCACUUCCCUCUUCCCUCUUCCCUCUUCCCUCUUCCCACCGCUAUACUUUCAAUUUCAAAUUUCAACAGAUGGCAUCUGCGCUUCCCCCCGCCACGGGGCGAGAGUUGUCGAAUCCUCCGUCGGACGGCAUCAGCAACCUGCGGUUCUCGAAUCACAGCGAUCACUUACUUGUGUCCUCAUGGGACAAGAGCGUGCGUUUGUACGAUGCCAGCGCCAAUGUGUUGAGAGGAGAGUUCAUGCACUCUGGUCCUGUCCUCGAUUGCUGCUUCCACGACGAUUCCUCCGGCUUCAGUGCCGCCGCCGACAACACUUCCCUGGUUGGACAUCGUCUGGUUGUAGCAACUGCUGGAAGACAUGUUAAUAUCUAUGAUUUGAGGAACAUGUCUCAACCUGAGCAACGAAGAGAAUCUUCAUUGAAAUAUCAAACCAGAUGUAUUCGCUGUUAUCCCAAUGGAACAGGAUACGCACUUAGUUCUGUUGAAGGCCGGGUUGCAAUGGAAUUCUUUGACCUCUCUGAAGCUAGCCAAACAAAAAAAUAUGCUUUUAAGUGUCACAGAAAAUCAGAAGCCGGAAGGGAUAUUGUCUAUCCGGUAAAUGCAAUUGCAUUCCACCCCAUAUAUGGUACAUUUGCCACGGGAGGCUGUGAUGGGUAUGUUAACGUAUGGGACGGAAACAAUAAGAAGAGACUUUACCAGUACUCAAAAUACCCAACUAGCGUUGCAGCACUUUCGUUUAGCAGAGAUGGACGCCUGUUGGCUGUUGCAUCAAGUUACACAUUUGAAGAGGGACCUAAACCCCACGAACAAGAUGCUAUCUUCGUUCGUAGUGUGAACGAGAUUGAGGUCAAGCCGAAACCCAAAGUCUACCCUAAUCCUCCAGCGUGAUUUCUUCGUUUUUUUUUGUUUUUUUUCCUUCAGUUCUACUGUUUCACUUCCUUCUAGUGAACACCAAAAACUACAUGUAAAAUGUUGUGAAGAGCUAGGUAGUUGCUAGAUACAGGUUUCUGUUAGAAAUGGCUUUCCUAUAUUGUUUGUCUUUAUCCCCGUCAAAGUAAAUUGAAAUUGAAAACAUCCUUAUGUCAGCUCAGGUGCAAAAUAUGAAUUGAGUGUGCAGGUUUGUUUUGUAACAA